AUGAAAGCAGUCGUAAUCUCCUCUUUCGGUGGGCCGGAAGUCCUAGCACACCAAGAAGUCCCCAAGCCAACACCAACCGUUGGGGAAGUACUAGUUCGUGUGAAAGCAUUCGGUGUUAACCAUGCAGAAAUGCACAUGCGGAAAGGCGGCGAGUGGGACGAAUGGAAUCCCAUUACUGGUCUCGAGUGCGUUGGUCUCGUCGAGGCGUGCCCAGGUGGCGAAGUUCCUGUGGGCAGCAAGGUCAUGGGUGCCAUGGGCGGAAUGGGUCGAAACCGACCAGGCGGAUAUGGCGAGUUCGUCAAUGUACCGGCUGCCAAUGUUGUAGUCAUUGAGACUCACAUGCCGUGGGAGCAGCUGGCGGCAAUCCCCGAGGUCUACAGCACAGCUUGGUCGUGUCUAUUCACCAUCCUGGACUUAAAGUGUGGGGAGAGAUUACUACUUCGUGGCGCGACUAGUACCAUCGGCCAAGCAGCUUUGAACCUAGCCGUCGACUCGGGCGCUGUCGUUACAGCAACUACCAGGCGAGAGGAGAGGUUCCAGUGGUUGAAGGAUAUUGGUGCCUCGAAUGUCUUGCUUGAGCAAUCCGGUCUUGAGAAACAGCUCAGCGACGGGCAGAGAUUCGACAAGACCCUCAACCUAGUCGGCAACAGAGUCCUCUUAGAAUCGAUUUCGCUCACGAAGGCGGGCGGUCGAAUGUUGCAAGCGGGUUGGCUUGGUGGCCUGGCACCUGUCCAAGAGUUCAAUCCCAUGGUGCAGAUGGAAUCUGGUGUGCAUUUCAGCCUCUUUCAUAGCAAGGUGCUAGGGACACCCACGUUUCCCAUGUCUGAAAUUCCGUUGCAGGGCAUUGUGGACAAGAUAGAAAAUGGCGCUUGGGACGCAAAGCCAACGAAAGUUUUCGAGUACGAGAAUGUUGUCGAUGCACAUAGGGCUUUGGACUCUCAUGAUGCUGGGGGCAAAAUUGUUGUUAAGCAUUAA